AUGGCGACCUUCUUGAUCACUGGCGGCAACCGCGGCCUGAGCUUGGCAUUUGCCAGGGAGCUUAUCUUUCGACCGGCGAGCGCAGCUCGCCCUACUGGGGUUCACGUGACUAAAUCCGACGUCACGGACAAGGCAUCAAUCCAGAAGCCUUGGCCGUAUGUCGAGAAGGCUCUUGGCGGCAAGGGCUUGGAUUUCUUGAUCAACAACGCAGGCGUUGCGCACUGGGCAGAUGACGGCACGAAAUCGAUGAACAAUCUCGAGGAGAUCUUCAAGGUCAACGUACUCGGCGUCCACUGGGUGUCUCGCACCUUCCUUCCGCUGCUCGAGAAAGGAGAGCUGAAGAAGGUUGCGAACAUUGCCUCCACUGUAGGCUCGAUUGCUCUUGCUCCAGCAUACAGCUUCAUGCCGGCACCGGCAUACAAAUUAUCUCAGGCGGCUGUUCAUCCUCUUACAGUGCAGUACUCUCUCGACUAUGAGAAGCAAAAUUUCGCAUUCAUCGCCAUCUCUCCCGGCUGGUUGAAUAUGGAACUUGGUGGUGGUGAUAUGGCUGACUGGACGCCUGAGCAAGGUGCUAAAGCAUCGCUCGAUAUCAUCUAUCGGCCAGAUGCUGAGAAAAACGGAAAGCUCCUCAAGGUGUUCGUGGACGGAUGUCAGAACGCAGAAGGUCCGACCAGGUACGACGGGGAGAGCGCUCCAUGGUGAGUGAUUUUAUACGCGCGUCCUGCACAGCUUGAUGUUAUGUCUGCGUGUUGAGGCGAAUAUGAUGCUCGUUAAUUGCUCUUUGGUGUGGACGAGAACGGGACAGCUAGGAAGAUUGGAGAACAGAAACGCGCUCGUCACCCCCGCGUGUUAAUUGCGGCGACGGGAUGAAUUUAACCCCAACCCUAAACUUCAGUGACACCUGGGCACCUGAAUCGUCCAAGAACAACAUGCAUACUGUGUGCAUCUCGAUAAUAAUAAUAUGUUUAUCCU